CCAGACUCUCUAUCAAAAUGCAUCUCCAUCGUUCUUCACCUCUUUCCUUGAUAUAUUCACAUUCUCAUCUCUUCCUCUAUUUCUCCCACUCCAUAACUCCAUUCUCCUGUAAUCGUUUUGGUCGCUACUUCCCAGAAAUCAUUCCUUCCCCACAGUCUCUUGACUCUUCUACUGCAAUUCUCCUCCCAUUCACCUCAUCAUCCUUAUCUCCCAGUCAUUAAUGGUGUACUUCUUGGUCGGAACAACAAGGACUAUUGCGGCAAUCCUGUAACUCGAGAAUGAAGAGACACCCGAUUAUGUACACGGCAUGUCACAAGAAGGGCAGGGUCACUUGUGGCAAUUUUCGGAUGGGCUUUUAGGAAGAAGAAGAGCACUAAUAUCCUGAAGGACCUGAACCACUUGCGUGGUUAGUUACUACUAUGGAUCAUCUUUUUUUUUAUCACAAGCGUAGCAACACAAGCUCAAAAAAGUACAUCUUGGAGUAGCAACAAGGAAAAAAAGAGGUUAGAUGAGAGCCAUGUUCAUGUUGGGGUAAAUUAUUCUAUUAGAGUUCUUCUGUUCUUCUAAAUGAAGACUGAAUUGGCUAAUUUCAGUUUGAUACCUACCCAUUUCUCUACUUCAAAAUCUUACCAAUUGAGCAUGAACAUCUCUUUAAGUUAGAAGUACUUUCUAAAAUCUUCACUCUAUCUUUCAGUUUGAUACCUACCCAUUUCUCUUUAAAUAAAUGAAUCAUUGUGAUCCAACAGUAGAUAGGUUACUUUCGAUGAGAAAUAUAUAAUUGAAUGAAGUGGGGGAAAUGGGAACUAUAACCAAUGUUCAUGACUAAUGUUUGAUAAAAUGCUCGGAUAUUGGUGACACCCGAUUGGAUAUUUCCUCCAAUAGUCUAUGUUUUACUUUUUUUAAUCAUACCCGACCGGGUAUGAAAGAUACCCGCUCGAGUAACUGUCCCGGGAGCUCAAAAUUUUCAUUAUUUGCACAUACCCGACCGGAUAAUUGAGAUACUCGAUCUAGGUCUUCUCCAUACCUGGAUUUUUUGUGUUUCUUUUCACCGUUUCAAUCCAAACAUUAGUCCCUCGCUCACCGCACUCAAAAGGAAAUUGAACAAUGUGAAUUAAAAUCAAAUAAAUAAAAUGUUUACAAAACUUGGGUUGCCUCCCAAGAAUUGAAGCGCCUUAUUUAUCGACGUGGCACGAUGUUUUUUUUAAGUGGGAUUAUGAACAUCCCCUUUUUCAUUCUCAAAGCCCUUGUUUGGCCUUGUUUCAUUUUUCUUUUUCGGCCUUUUCCAGUAAGGUCUGACUUUCUUUCUUGUUACCACCUCAAUCGCAGGUGGUUUGAAUUCAUGUUUUGGAGGUUUGAUUAACGGUGGUUUGUCUAGUGUUUCCUCAACAAUCAAGAUUGAUUCAUUUUUUUCUUCAAAUGGAGAGUGAUUUUUAAUAGAAUUAUAAAUGUUAUAUUCUACUUUCUUUCCAUCAAAUUCCAUAGUUAAAAAUCCGUUAGAAACAUCAAAUUUUGAAUUAGCAGUUUUUAAAAAGAAUUAAUGACCCAUAUAUUACUAAUAGGCAUUUGGAUUCCAAAAAUAUGAUCCGUUUUAUAUUUUCUCCAAAAGUGACUAAGACCCUUUUCGUACCCUUCGUUGCCUGAUUUGAUUAGGGAUGGAUUCGGGCCGGGUCGAGCCCGGGCCGGGCCUAGGCUUGGUCGGGCCGCCGGUUCGUAUCACAUGGGCCCGGGACCGGCCCGAGGGUUGGACGGGUCCGGUUCGGGCCAGGCCACCCGCCCGGGUCACGGGUCGGGCCACCCGUCGGGCCGGGCCGGGCCGGUUAAAUAUAUAUAUAUAUUUUUAAUUUAUAUUUUAUACUUUAUAGUUUUAUACAAGUAUUAAAAAACAAACUUCAAGUGCAUUUAUUUGAAAUGAAAUAGGAACUACAUUUGAAAAUUAAAUAGGAACUAUAAUUGUUUUUAAUCGGAAUCUCCGGCAUAGGUAGAGCCACCCUCGGUUGUAGAUUCAUCCAUAAAGUGUUGGGAUGGGGUGAUGUCAAUUUCUUGAGCUCUACGGGCUGCUUUCAACCAAUCGUGGUAGCAUAUAAGCAUCUCAAGAGAUUCAGCGUUCAACCUCGUUCUGGUUUGUGUUAGGACAUUGACGGCCGAACUAAAUUCUUGUUCCACGGCAACCGUUGAAACCGGCAUUGAUAGCACUUGCUUAGCCAUCUUUGCUAAAACCGGGAACAUUCUUUCUUUUCCCUUCCACCAGUUUAGUACGUCAAAAUCAUCAUCUUCUUCAAAAUCAACAUCAUAAGUUAAAUACAAAGAAAUCUCUUUAAUUGUGCUUUGUUGUGUAGCGGGAGUUGAUUUCGUUUUUUUAAUAAGAUUAGCAAACGUAGAUUUGAAAAUUGAUUUUCCUUUAGAUGAUGUUUGUGUCGGGGGAGGGGGCGCAUUGCCAUAUUGUGCAUGAAACUCAUUGAAUAAUGCAUAAAAUAUAUCACUAACCUCGUUGUAUUCUUUUUUCGGAUCAAUUGGGUUGUCCUCAUACAUUGGCAAUGGACCAAAAAAAGCAGCAUAAUAAUAAUUCAAACAUUCUUCUAAAGAACCAAGUCUAAAACGAGGAUCGAGAACAAAUGCAAUACCAUAAAUAUGCGGAAUAUGUGAAUAAUAUUUUAAAAACUUUUCCUUCAUAAAACCAGCAAAAUAACUCACAUAAUUAGCUUUCUCAAAAUUUGAAAAAGCACCAGCGAGAUUAACAGCUUCACGAAUAAAUAGGUAUGAGGUAGGUUUAUAAACAUGACUAAAAGUUUCAGUUGCAUUAUUAAAAUAUAUCAAAGCAUUACAAAUUUUUUCACAGGUGUCGAUCUCAGCCGAGUUUAUAAUAUAGUUAUCAUAUUGUUUCAUAAAAGCAGGAAAAUGUUGUUUAUAUCUAAGAAGAACUCCAAUUAACUUAUAGGUACUAUUCUAACGAAUAGACAAAUCUUUUGGAAAAGCCACAUAUCUCUCACCUCUUUCUAUCAAAUAAUCAUGCCAUUUUUUCCUAAGUUGUCCAUUACCCCAAAUACGUCUAAUCCCCCCCUUGACUACCUCCAACGAUGCUCCCAACGCUUUUAGACCAUCUUGCACACAUAAAUUUAGAACAUGACAUGCACAUCGUUGAUGAAAAAAUCUACCCAUCAAAGAAGUAGAACCACACAAUUCACGCAAUCUAGGAAUAACAGCAAUAUUAUUAGUAGCAUUAUCAAAACCAAUAGCAAACACCUUAUCAAUUAAAUUAUACUCAAUUAAAAUACGUUCAAUCAAAAUAUAAAUAUGUUCAGCGGUGUGACGAUCAUUAAAUUCACGGAAAGCAAGAACACGUUUAUGCAUAUGUCAAUCAUUAUCAAUAUAAUGUACAGUCAGACCCAAAUAAUGUAAAUUAUGAUAAAUAUCCUCCCAUAUGUCAGAACAUACAGUAACACGUCCAUCAAAGUUUGCAAAAUAAUUUUGUAAUCUUACCUUUUCCGCACCAUAAAGCCUUGAAAUUUCUUUCUUAACCGUUUUGCGACUAUAACCUCUAUAUUGCGGAUUUAAACAAGUUUGUGCAUAAUCACGAAAAGCAAGACUUUCAGAAAACAAAUAAGGCAAAUUUUCUUCAACAAGUAAGUUAGCCAUACCUGUCAAAUUUUGUGCAUCAUUAUAUGAGAAAUUACCAAAACCUUGUUGGUUAUUUGCAAACCUCGAUAUUUGCGUUUGCUUCCCCGUUCCGCCGCCUAAUUUUGCAUACUCCACCGGGUGUUUGGACUUAAGGUGUCUUGUGGCGGAUCCGUAUCCGCCGGAAAUCCCCAAGCUAUAGUUUUUCUUGCACCAAUUGCAAGUUGCGGUCCAAUUCCCGGUGUUCGGGUCCUUCCACUUAGAAAAAUUAUUAGCCAUUAAUUCAGAUUUACUUUUUUUUGUACCUGUUUGGGAUGAGGCUGGUUGGUCGGCGUCAUGGCUGCCGCCACCCUCCUCCUCCUCGUCGUCGUGGCUCUCCGGAAUUGCUUCCUCCACAUCGUCGUCCUCGUCCUCGAGCUCUUCUUCGUCAAUGGUCCUCGGUUGGUCUUGAAAAAAGCGGGAAUUAUGUCGGUGCAAUUCUUGUUCUAGUUGUUCGUCGGUCAUCGCAUCCCCAUCCCUCCUUACGUAACCCGUAUCAAAAUCAUCUCGACUUUAAGAUGAAGAGCCGAUAUGUGAUUUACCUUUGCGGGAUCUCUUCCUCGCAAGCUCUUUCGUUCGGUUGCGCUCGAGGUUACCCAUAUCAACCGAAUAUCUAGGACGAUCCAUCUAAAAAAUGUAGCGAUUAAUAAAAAAAAGUAAAAAACUAAUUAACUAUUUAUGUAACUAUUAAAUCGAGUAAUAGCAAAUUAACUAGUGAAUUAACUAGUUUUGUGUACAACAUAUUUUUUAAACUAGAGUCAAAUGUAGCAAUUAAUAAAAAAUUGUAAAAAAGUAAUUAACUAUUUAUCUAACUAUUAAUUCGAGUUAUAGCAAAUUAACUAGUGAAUUAACUAGUUUUGUGUACAACAUAUUUUUUAAACUAGAGUCAAAUGUAGCAAUUAAUAAAAAAUUGUAAAAAAGUAAUUAACUAUUUAUCUAACUAUUAAUUCGAGUUAUAGCAAAUUAAGUAGUGAAUUAACUAGUUUUGUGUACAACAUAUUUUUUAAACUAGAGUCAAAUGUAGCAAUUAAUAAAAAAUUGUAAAAAAGUAAUUAACUAUUUAUCUAACUAUUAAUUCGAGUUAUAGCAAAUUAACUAGUGAAUUAACUAGUUUUGUGUACAACAUAUUUUUUAAACUAGAGUCAAAUGUAGCAAUUAAUAAAAAAUUGUAAAAAAGUAAUUAACUAUUUAUCUAACUAUUAAUUCGCGUUAUAGCAAAUUAACUAGUGAAUUAACUAGUUUUGUGUACAACAUAUUUUUUAAACUAGAGUCAAAUGUAGCAAUUAAUAAAAAAUUGUAAAAAAGUAAUUAACUAUUUAUCUAACUAUUAAUUCGAGUUAUAGCAAAUUAAGUAGUGAAUUAACUAGUUUUGUGUACAACAUAUUUUUUAAACUAGAGUCAAAUGUAGCAAUUAAUAAAAAAUUGUAAAAAAGUAAUUAACUAUUUAUCUAACUAUUAAUUCGAGUUAUAGCAAAUUAACUAGUGAAUUAACUAGUUUUGUGUACAACAUAUUUUUUAAACUAGAGUCAAAUGUAGCAAUUAAUAAAAAAUUGUAAAAAAGUAAUUAACUAUUUAUUUAACUAUUAAUUCGAGUUAUAGCAAAUUAAAUAGUGAAUUAACUAGUUUUGUGUACAACAUAUUUUUUAAACUAGAGUCAAAUGUAGCAAUUAAUAAAAAAUUGUAAAAAAGUAAUUAACUAUUUAUCUAACUAUUAAACAAGAGUCAAAUGUAGCAAAUUAACUAGUAAUUAAACAAGUGUAAAUAAUAGAAUAAUUAGAUAUAAUUCCAACUAUAUUAAUAGAAAUAAUAAAUAUAUAAGUAAUAUAUAAUUAGAUAACAAAUAUAAGUAAUAUAAUACUAUUUAUAUCUAUUUAUAGUUUAUAUAAGUAGAUAAUUAAUAUAAACUAUAAAUAAUAAAUAUAAUAUAUUGGAGAAUGGAGAAUAAGAGAAUUAGAGAGUAGAGAGUUAAGAAUAGGAUUUAGGAAGAAUUGGAGAAAAGAUAUGAAAAAAUGUUUAAGAUUAGGAGUAUUUAUAGGUUUUUUUACCCCCCACCCCACCACCCAACCCCCCGGACCCCCCCUUUACCCCACCCAACGGCUAUAUAGCCGUUUGGGUUGUCCCCAGCCCACCCCCAACGGCUAGUAGCCCACUAGCCCAAUUAAUUUUUUUUUUUAAAAUUAAGACCGGACUCGGGCCCGACCCGGCCGGGCCGGGUCACAUUUAUCCAGCACCGAGCCCGCCCCGCCCAUUCCCACCGGUUCGGGUCCACACCCGGUCCCAGACCGCCCGACCGGGCUGGUCCCGGGCCCGCACAGUACCGGGCCGGGCCGGGUCACGAGCCGGGUCACGAGCCGGGUGGCCCGAACCGAAUCCAACCCUACCUGAUCGUCGAUUCACCUAGCCAGACAAAUUCCAUCGCUUCAUUCGGCCCUGUUGCCAGCUAUUUGCUCGCCAGACAACAGGCAAAGCCGACGUGCGUCCAAGACCAAGAGCUCUAUUAGGAUAUUGGGUCGAAGGCCCAAUACCCAGGCCAAAGGCCGAGAAUAUCCAGUCCAAUAAAUAACCCGGAAUCCCGAAGAAGAACAGGCCCAAUGAGAUAUAUGCCCCGAACGGGGAUCGGGGCAACAAGUGUACUUGGGCCAGAUCAAGGAUGUCUCCAGCUUGGUCCAUCACCCCGAACGGGCAACGGAUGGUUGACAAGUGGCACGGAGCAUUUAUUGCUACGAAGAGACCUCAUCAAGUGGGAGUAUGGGCAUUCAAGUGGCUGAAUUAGCAACCAAUCAGCAUGGAGCACCUCAUACCCCCCAUUAGUAUAAAUAGAGGGAUUAAUCUCAUUGUAAAGGGUUAGCAUUUUGAUACUCAAAGCCUAGAAUAGCUUUAUUACUCUUGUUCUUGUAUUAAUCACUAUUCCGACGUACCGUUCGGGAAGUUUCCUGUGUAAUCCGCGAAUUGCAUAAUACAAGUGGGCUCUUGAGAUUAUGGAGAACGUGACAACGCCAGAUGCAGGCAGGAACGUCGAAAUCAGAGAACGCCCCCACCGGAAGGAACCCGAGAGUUUGUCAAUUUGGCAACUUCACCACCGCCUCCCCUAACAGCCCAAAAGGAAGGGAUGGCCGAAAUGAGGAGGCAGAUGAAUGAAAUGAGGGACCAGGUGAACAGGGCACCUCUACAACCUACCCUGGUGUGAGUCGGGAUCACUUCCCCCUUUAUCUGGGAAAUAAUGGAUGCCGAAAUCCACAUGGAUGCCAAAUCGCCGACCGGUCAGAUAUAUGACGGGGCGGGAGACCCCCAUGUGCAUUUGAGAAGUUACCAGGGGGCUCAUGCUGUUGGGAGCGACGGAGGCGGCCAUUUGUCGGCUUUUCUUCAGCAUGCUCAGGGGACCUGCCCAGGAAUGGUUCAGGACCCUGCAGCCAGGAUCGAUCGGCAGCUUUGCCGAAUUAUCAUUCUUAUUUCUGGCCCAGUUUGCUUCCAAUGCCACCCCAAAGCCGCAUUUCAGCUACCUGACUAGUGUUAAGCAGGGGCCAAAGGAGAUCCUAAAUCAAUUUCUGAAAAGAUGGAGGGAUGAAACCCUAAAAGUUGGGAACAUGACAGAUGAUACACCCAUCACCCUAUUCAUUAACGCUCUCCGAACGGGUGAACAGUAUAAAGACCUGAAAAAGAAUCUGGGCACGGUGUAUUCCGAAGUGCUGGACAGAUCCUGAAAGCACGCGGCUCUGAAGGAGGAAAUCAUGAUCAGGGAUAACGUAGCUACACCCCCUGCCCCAACAAGAUUGGCCGAUCGGCUGGGUCCUAUUCCAGCGGCCGCUCCUCCUCCAAAGCCGGGACGAUUCACCCCUUUGGUCCUGUCUGUUGCAACCAUUUACCAGAACGAGAAGGACGAUAUUCCCCUUCCGACUGAUACCAAAGGCUACAUGGGGGCAGAUGAGAACGCCUUCUGUAAAUACCACAAGAGGAAGGGUCACCCCACCCAUUUCUGUCGGGCAUUACAGAUCGCAAUUGAAGAAUUGAUCCAGCGGGGUCAUCUGGACAAAUAUGUGAAUAAAGACCCGAACGUUGUAGAUAUCUUGAAGUCAGUCAAGAAACCCAACAGCUGGAGACGGGAUGAUCAGCGUGACGCUCAGCCCAAAGCAGAGGGUUCGGGGAACCCAGGAAAAAAGCCAAGAAUGGAGGUAAAGAUCAUAUUUGGGGGCGGAGAAACAGGUGACUCGAAUGCCGAACGGAAAAGAUUCGAACGGAGCCUCUAUGUGGGCUCCGUAUCCACGCCACCCCAGAAGAAAGGAAGAAUGGAGCCGAUAACAUUCGGCCCUGCAGAUUGGCCCAAUUCACCAAGUCCACACAGGGACGAAUUGGUCAUAAGCAUGUGUAUAGACAAUGCACUGAUCUGCCGAGUGUUGGUAGACCCUAGGAGUGGUGUGAACGUAUUGUACCUACAAUUGUUCGAGAAAAUGGGACUGCAUUGAAGCAGAAGGCACUAUCCAGUUGAUGGUGGAAAUUGGGGAUGAGACACACAAGGCAUCGGUCCGAAUGACGUUCGUGGUAGUAGACAUCAAAUGUGACCACAACGCCAUUUUGGGUCGACCAGGGUUGGAGGAUCUAGAGGCGAUAGCUUGUGUUCGUCAUUCAUGCAUUAAAUUACCAACGAACACAGGAGUCGGAGUGGGCAAAACAGAUCCUGCAACAGCCCGAACUUGCUAUCGGGAAGUCUUGAAAAAUAUGAAUGCCCGAGGGAUGCGGGUAAACAGUAUUGAGGUCGAAACUCAUCGAACUGAGUUUGAGGCAAAUCCUGAGCCUGCUACCCUCUUAGAGCAGAUCGACAUUGAUUCUCCCCCCAACCGAAAAGUGCCGAUCGGGGUAGACCGGGAAGCUGGAAUUCGGGAGGGUGUUAUUAUGGUUCUGAAGAAAUUUCAGAUGUUAUUCGCCCGAGGACCAGAAAACAUGCCUGGCAUUGACCCAGAAAUAAUUUGCCACAAGCUGGCCGUUCGGCCUACCGCCAAACCGGUUCAACAAAAAAAAAGAUAUUAGGCGGCUGAACGACGUGAUUUUACCAAGACGGUGGUUGCCACCUUGCUAUGGAUCAAACAUAUCCGGCCGGUUAUCCAUGUCGAAUGACUGUCGAACGUGGUACUGGCACCUAAGGGUUCCACUUGGAGAAUGUGUGUAGAUUACUCUGAUCUGAAUAAAGCUUGUCUGAUGGAUCCCUAUCCAGUGCCACGGAUUGAUCUCCUGGUAGAUGAAACAGCCGGGUGUGAGCUAUUGAGUUUCAUGGAUGCCUUCUGGGGAUAUCAUCAAGUCUUUAUGCACCCGGACGAUGCGGAGAAAACAACAUUCGUCACUUCAGAUGGCGUAUUUUGCUACAUUGUGAUGUCGUUCGGGUUAAAGAAUGCGAUGGCUACCUUCCAAAGGAUGAUCGGGAUACUUUUCAAAGAAGUAAUAGGAGUGACAAUGGAGGCUUAUGUAGAUGACAUUCUGAUCAAGAGCUGGAAGAAGGAUGAUCAUGUCCCGGACAUGGAAAAGGUGUUCGGGAUAACGCAAAAGGCAAAUAUGAGGUUGAACCCCAAGAAAUGUGCCUUUGCAGUUAAGGGAGGCAAAUUCUUAGGAUACAUGAUGAGCGAGAGGGGUAUUGAGCAUAACCCAGAAAAGGUGAAGGCAAUCAUGGAUAUGGAAGCCCCGAGAAACCUCAAGGAAGUUCAGAGAUUGACCGGCUGAUUAGCAGCCUUGAGUAGAUUUUUGUCCAAACUUGCCGACCGAGCAAUCCCGUUCUUCCAGAUUAUGAAGAAAGCAAACCCCUUUGAAUAGACCUCCGAAUGCAAAACGGCCUUCGAAGAGUUCAAGACGGAUCUGUCUUCUCCUCUACAAAGCUGACCCAGGGGAACACCUGUAUAUGUACCUCGCCGUGGCCGAUCUGGCUGUAAAUUCAGUAUUACUGAAAGAAGAAGAUGGCAUCCAGCGGCCAAUUUAUUUUGUGAGUAAAGCCCUGAACAGACCGGAGACUAGGUACACCCUGAUGGAGAAAACGGUAUUGACCCUAAUAGCAGCCAUCAAACGACUUGCACCCUAUUUUCAGGUGCAUCCAAUAACCGUAUAUACAACUCAGCCGCUCGCUACCAUCCUGAGAAACCCAAUGGCUAGCGGACGAAUUACAAAGUGGAGUCUCCUGAUCGGGCAGUAUGAGGUAGACUUCAAACCUCGAACUACUAUCAAAGGCCAGGCCUUAGCAGAUUUCAUAGCGGAAUGUAUCGCUCGGCCUUCGGAAACUAAGUCAGAGAGCAGUAUGCUGGAUAACUGGUGGGAGAUGUACGUAGAUGGUGCAUCAAGCACAUGGGGUUGCGGUGGUGGAGACGUGAUCACCUCACAUGAAGGAUUUAAAGCAUACUACUCCAUUUAUUUUGAUUUUAAAGUAACCAACAAUGAGGCCGAAUAUGAGGCCCUUAUUGCAGGUUUGAAGUAUGCUAAAACCCUGGGUGCCGAUCGGCUCAAGGUCCGGUCAGAUAGUCAACUAGUGGUCAACCAAUUGAAUGGCACAACCGAGGCAAAAGAAGAAAGGAUGAAGGCAUACAAGGAGCUGGUCGAGGAACAAAUCAGUAAGUUCGAACAGGUGGUACUCGACCAGGUAUCCAGAACAGAAAAUGCCGAGGCAGACAUCUUAUCUAAGUUGGAAAACGCAGCCUUUGAUGACCGAGCACAAAUGAUCCCAGCUCACAUCCAGCGGUUUGCCCAUCGGGAAACCCUGACGACACCCACAACCAUGAUCCUCCAGGUGGAAGCUAUUUCUUAUGCUGUUCCCAGUUGGGUCACAUAUAUGGCUACUUAUCUGAAGGACGGGACUCUCUCAGAAGACAAAAAUUCAGCGUAUAAUAUCAAGUGCAUUCAGAGGAGGGCUUCCAUGUUCGAACUGGUGGAUGGACAGUUGUACAAAAAGACAUUCAGAGGACCAUAUUUAAAGUGCCUUCCACCCGGUCUAGUAGCGGCAGUAAUGGAAGAAAUUCACGAGGGUAUAUGUUCAAGCCAUCUGGGGCCUAAAACACUGACAAGGAAAAUCAUCUUGCAGGGAUACUACUGGCCAACCAUCCAACAGGAUUGUUUUGCACAUACCAGGAAGUGCAAGGUUUGCCAGGUACAUGCACCGGUUCCCGGACGGCCAACUACUUUCUACACUCCAAUGACCAUUGCUCUUCCGUUUGCUAGGUGGGGGAUCGACUUGCUAGGACCCCUACUUACUGCCCCCGGAGGAUGAACGUAUAUCAUCGUUGGAGUUGAUUAUUUCACCAAAUGGGUGGAGGCCGAACCACUGUCUAGCAUCACAGAUUUCAAGUGCCAAAAAUUCGUAUGGCAAAACAUUAUUUGCCGUUUCGGCCUCCUUGAGCAGAUCGUCACGAACAACGGGAGGCAGAUCGUGAGCAGGAAUUUCGAAAAUUACUUGGUCAAAGGAAGCUGAAUAACAACAAAGACAAAGAUAUCUGCGCUGCAAUGCUGAUUGAACACGAUUGAACACCAAGGGGGAGAUUGUUGGGAAUAUUUUAUGGUGUCCAAUCUAAUUAAAUAUCUUUGUAUUUAUGUAGUUAUUAGUUAAAUGUGUACUAUGGGCCACAAAUGUAUUUCAGCCCAUUAGCCCACUUGUAAGCCUUAAGUUAGACAUUCUUAUGUAUAAAAGGAUGCUAACUUAAGCAAACCCUAAGUCUCACAAGCCUCACACAUAUUAUUCACGCAUAUCUUUCUGAUAGCAUAUACGGUAUAAGGAAGAGUGAGUUCAUCGUUCAAAUAUUUUUCUAUCAUUCUGUGAUUCUCUCCUUCUAUUAUAUUGUAUGAUUUUUGAUUGAUUUUGGGACUAACAAUUUUGAUACUCAAAGCCUAGAAUAGCUUUAUUACUCUUGUUCUUGUAUUAAUCACUAUUCCGACGUACCGUUCGGGAAGUUUCCUGUGUAAUCCGCGAAUUGCAUAAUACAAGUGGGCUCUUGAGAUUAUUAUUAUUAUUAUUAUUAUUAUUAUUAUUAUUAUUCAACUUUUAUAUUUUGUUAUACCCUCAAUUUAUUAUCCACCAUUCUGAAAUAUCCAAAGCGUGUGUUGGGCUUUCGGAUCUACGGGAAAAAACCUCAACGAGCUCCAUGACCAAGAGCUCCCACGAUGCUCGUCGCCGGUAGCAGAGAAAACAUUCUCCCCCACCAUCGCCGCUAGUAACCAUCUCCCCAGACCGGCACCAUUGCAACGACCUUCUCAGUCGAUGACGAGCUUCGCUGACCCAUCAAGCAGGCCUCCCCUGCUGUAACAAAGAAGAAGAUCCUUCUCUCACUGCACCUCUUCGUCUUUCUUCGCAUCAAAUUGCUAGGAUUUCGAAUUGCAAAAUUGAAUGCCCAAAUCACCAUGAAACCCUAGAUUCGAAGCAAAAGUGAAUAGCUGAAGAGGGA